CCGCGCCGUGCGCGCUCGUCCGCGGCGGCGCUUUGGGGUGCUUACGGUAAGGUGGUGGACCCGCAGUGUCCGCUGAAGGAUCAGGUGAUCCACGAACUACGAAGCGACGGCUGACUGAGGAAAAUGCAAAAUGACAUCUAGCAAAUGUCGGAGCGGACUUCAUUCACACGUCGGGCUCAGAUUCGGAUUGAAACCGCGCGGCGGAGACGCCAAUGACGCGAUGGCUCGUUAGGGCUGACUGCGCAUCUGCGAUCCUUUUGAUUUUUUAAUUUAUGAGAAAUCCCACUGACGGGCAGAUCUUGGUUUCAUCAUGGGGCUGUGCUACAGUCUGCGCCCCCGGCUCUUCGGGGAUCUGAGCGGCUCCAUCUCCAACGCCACAUCGGACUCGGACCAGCCUCCCGACGCCGCCGCGCCGACUCGCGCCGGGGGAUCGCGCCAGGAGGACACCGGGGGAUGCGGGGAGACUUCGUCGCUACGCGGCGGCGGGGGCCUGGUGCGCCCCGGGGACUCUGCCAGGCUCUCGGCUGGGGAGCACCGUCGUGGAGACUCCGGCACCGACGGUGUUCUCAUCCAGAAUGGGGGCGGCGGCGGCACCGGGAAAGGCGCAGGAAAGGACCGCGGCCGCCGCUUGCAGCUGCUACAGAAAACCAGCACCCAAAAGCAGAAAAACUGGGACAAACUGCUGGUGGAGGAGAAGGAGGCCGAGAAGGAGGCGAAGAAAGUCAGUAAGAACAUUGACCGGGUGCUGAGGGAGCUCAAACGGGAGUACAAACAGACGCACCGGCUGCUGCUGCUCGGUGCGGGAGAGUCCGGAAAAAGCACCAUUGUGAAGCAGAUGAAGAUCCUACACGUCAACGGCUUCAACGCUGAAGAAAAGAAACAGAAAGUCCAGGACAUUCGGAAAAACGUCAAGGAUGCCAUAGUGACAAUUGUGUCUGCGAUGAGCACUUUAAUACCCCCAGUCCCGCUAGCCAAUCCAGAGAACCAGUUCAGAAUUGAAUACAUCAAAAGCAUAGCACCACUCUCAGACUUCGACUACCCACAGGAGUUCUUCGACCACGCAAAGAAGUUAUGGGACGAUGAAGGAGUUAAAGCUUGCUUCGAGAGGUCCAAUGAAUACCAGCUCAUUGAUUGCGCACAAUAUUUCCUGGACAGAAUCGACUCUGUAAGACAAGGCGACUACACACCAACAGACCAGGACCUGCUCCGCUGCAGAGUGUUAACUUCAGGGAUUUUUGAGACGAGGUUCCAAGUAGACAAAGUGAACUUUCACAUGUUUGAUGUUGGUGGCCAGAGAGAUGAAAGGAGAAAAUGGAUCCAGUGCUUUAACGAUGUCACUGCUAUCAUCUUCGUGGUGGCCAGCAGCAGCUACAACAUGGUAAUAAGGGAAGACAACAACACCAACCGGCUACGGGAAGCCCUGGACCUUUUUCGCAGUAUUUGGAACAACAGAUGGUUACGCACUAUAUCAGUGAUUUUGUUCCUGAACAAGCAGGACAUGCUUGCUGAGAAAGUAUUAGCUGGAAAAUCCAAAAUUGAAGACUACUUUCCUGAAUACUCUCGCUACACCAUACCAAAUGAAGCAACUCCUGAACCUGGUGAAGAUCCCCGAGUCACAAGAGCCAAGUUCUUCAUUAGAGACGAGUUCCUUCGCAUCAGCACUGCGAGCAAUGACGGCAGGCACUACUGCUACCCCCACUUCACCUGCGCUGUGGACACGGAGAACAUCCGGCGGGUGUUCAACGACUGCCGGGACAUCAUCCAGAGAAUGCACCUGCGGCAGUACGAACUCUUGUGAUGGAUGGGAGUCGGUCUCUGUCAGCUCCUGUGCUUCUUCUCCACCGUUCUGCACCCUUGACAAACCUUUUCUCCUCUUCCUCGGCCCUGACUUCUCACCCCACAUCUCUGAAAAGACCCCCUCCCUCCCCGUCAAUGACUAUGAAGUACUACUGAAGUGUGUCAAAUCCUCUUCUUUUUAAAUUUUUUGCUUUUUGUACUUUUUUUUCGGAUUUGUCCCCAUUUCUCCGACAUAGACGGAAGGUUGGGGAGCAAAGUUGUGUGCUGUUCCUUUUUCUUUGAAACUUUCCUUUUGAAUGCCUUGAUUUUUGUCAUUCCACUAAGCCUUGGGAUACCUCCUCAUUUUGGUUCUGGUUUUUGGCUCUCUGUGUGCUUUCCUUUUUGCGGUUGGACCUGGACCGGUCAGCGUAGACUCGGAAACCGGACCUCGGUAGAGGCCGUGAGGGUGACUGCGGCUGUGUGGGAUGCCCAGCAGAGGAACGCCAUGUGAGCAUCGCCUGUGUGCUCAACCCCCCCUCCCUCGGUUUUUUUUUUGGCCCGGUCCCCCCUCCCGUCCUCCCUGCUGUUUUCUCUGCGCUGAAGAGGAGCGGCCGGAGACAAACCGAACGGAUGAAGAUUUGAAAAAUGCACUUUGCAUCAGGUUCCUUAAAAACUUUUUUUCUUCUACAUUUUAGGUUUUUGCUGUUUUUUUUUGUUUUUUUUCCAGAGGACGCAUAGACACAAUGUAGCAUCGCGAUAUUUAUUACCCUGUAACAACGUUAGCUUGCUGAGCUGUGGGGCGGACCGAGCAGCCGAGAGGCGUGUGAAGCGGGAGAUUAUAACCGGGAGGGGCCAGGACGCCACUCUGACAUGAAGACAGACCUAAAUGAAGGAAAAGGGACUGAGCUCUCUGCACCUUAGCCCUGCUGCCUCCAUGGACUCCAACCUGCAACCUUUUUCCACACAGACCAUCCUUCAGCUUAAAGAUCCAGAUGGGGAGAGGAGAGGAGAGGAGAGGAGAGGGGGGGACGGGCCUGGAGAGAGAAAUGUAUUGUCUUUUGUUGGGUUUCUGUUUUUGUUCACUUGUACACUGUGCAAGGCUGAAUUAUCCUGUACAGACUGUAAAAUGUAAUAUUAUUUUGUACAACUUAAUUGAAAGAAAAACAAAUCUACUUGUAGAUCUUUGUGCCUUGAUUAUGGCUGUACCUGUAAAUGAGCUCAGAUGUAAGUAUGUUUUCGACUGCGCUGUACAGCUUGAUGUCAAACUCUAUCAGCAGCAAAAGACUGCAGGUAGAGGACUUUCUCUGUAGAGUUUAGUUUUUUUUCUGGUUUAUAAAAAAAGAAAUGUUAAGUAAAAAAUAAAAAAAUAGGGGAAAAAAAGUCCUAAAAACCUGUAUACAUUAUGCAAAUUAACCACUUACCUGCAGUGAAGACCAGAUGUUGCAGCGCCAUGCCUUUUUGGUUUUGUUUUCUCCUUUUAUGAUAUAUAUAAAUAUAUAUAUAUAUAUUUUUGAAUUUCACAGCUUUAAACAUUGGAAAUCCAUUGAAAGUGUCCAAAUUGCAACCUGGUGUUGUUUUAAUAGGAACCAACUUUUCUUUCUUUCUUUCAGUUUUGUUUCUCUUUUAUUUUGUUUUCCAAUAUGAUGUGUGUCUGAGAUGUGUACUGCUGUGCGUGCCUGUGCGCAUGUGUACAUAAAACAUAGACUCACUGACGCAUUUUGUGUGCGUGCGCGUAUGUGAGGGAGAGUGCGUGUCAAAUUUUAUAAAUGUAUGUACAUGUAAAUUUAUAGGUCUAUAUAAAUAUAUAUGUACAAUUAUACAUGUUUAAUUAUGUGUGUGCCUAGGUGUACAUACCUAUGUAUGUAUACGGUAAAUAUGUAUACAUACACACAUAGGAAAGCAUGUUUAGAAUGGAGAUGAAUAAAUGAGAGCGUGCAAUAUUAGUAAUUCUGUGGUCCUUUGGAGCCAUACCUGAUGGCACAGGCACUAUGAAUGUGUGAGCAGCACCCAACAAGACGAGCUCUUCUCCUUGUACAAACAGCAUCAGCCUUUUCUUCUGCUACCGUACACGUCUAUCCCUGAAAGAGAGUGAACUGACUGGAGGUGCAAACACCUUGUUUGGCCUGGGAAAGAUGAUUAAAUAACGUCUUUAUUUUCUUUAAAUAAAGAGGCACAUUAGAGGAUUUUUUGCUUUA